GGAGGCUCAGCCCAUCACAGACAAGCGGAGUUAUGAGAUGGGUGACCCGUACACCCCCCGACCCUGCCAGCAGGAGCAGGAGGAGGCUGGAGCUGACCAGGAGAGGACAGGAGACCCCAUGCUGCUGAGCUGCCACGGCUGCUGGCUCCUGGUGGGGCUGUGUCCGCCGUCACAGGAGGCACAGGUGGAGCUGCUGGGAAGCCUGAUUUCAUUUGUGUUCAGCUGGUAUGAUGCCACAGCUUACCUCCCUGAAGGCACUGUUGGAUUGGUGAUUGAGAAGCUGAAAAGUGAGUACAUGAACAAGUGGGUAGAGGCAGUGGUGAACAGCUUCCAGGACAUGGUGAUCUCCUGUCUGCUGCCACAUCCACCGGCUUAUGCCAGGGUUGGGGGUGUCUGGGAGACCCUGUCCAGUAACACCACUCAAAUGAAGGAAGGCCUCAACAGGCUUCUCUGCCUCACACCUUACAAUGUGGUCACCUUCCAGGUAUGGGACUCAGUGAUGCCGUACUGGUUUGAAGCCAUAUUGACAGAGGUAGAAGAUGAUGAUCUAAAGGAGCUCAAUGUCAUGCUGUGUAAGCUGUUUGACAUCUACAUGGGAACUCUGCCCUUUUCCAUUGAGAAGAUGUUUGCCUUUGUUGGACGCAUGUUUGUAAAUGCCACCUUGGAGGUGAUAGAACAGGGACUCAUCUGGCUCCAGCUCUUGUCCAAGUUUGACAUAGUGAUUCCAGUCCGUCUGCUUAUUGGGAAGUUUCUGGAUGGAGCCUGCUGUCUUGUCAACAGUCCUAGGACCAGAAUGAACAACAAGACUGGGGAUGAAGAAACUCCACAACCCAAGGAUGAGUCAACCAAAGUAUCCUCCAAACAACCUGAGAAAGAGCCACCUAAAACAGCUACACCACAGCCCAAGGAAGAGAUUGGGAAAAGACCCACUUCUUGGGCCAAACAAAAGUCAAAGAAAGCAGAUGGUUCUCAACUGAAGGAUUCUCGCAAAGCAGCUUCCUCCUAUCCAAAGAAGGGGUCUGGGAAAGAUGCUACCCCUCAAAACAAGACAGGAUCGAAGAAAUCCACUUCCCUACCACCCAAAAAGGAGUCUCACCCCCAGUGUGACAGACAGGAGGGAUCUCCUGUGGCACAGGAUCAGGGAAAUGCAGAGGCUGGACCAGAAGUGAACCAAGCACUGACAGAGCAUCAGAGGAGCAUACGAUGUCUGAAUGUCAUGUUGGACCUACUGUUAAAACAGAUGGGAAUCCAGGAAGUCCACUUCCUUCACAAGCCGGACCACCCCAGCUCCUGUGACAUCCUUCACCUGUUCAUGACAAUGUUGGUUACCAUGGAACCCUGUCACCAUGGCAACCAGGCGGGUGAGUGCCUGACCUGUGAGUCCAUGGCCCUAUGGUUCCUGCUCGCUGAGGAUGUCCUGACAGCCAUCAACCCAAAACAAGAGAUGAGGUUGGAGCACUGUGAUGACCCAGAGAAAUGCCUGACAACUGCUGUGCGAAUGUCCAGCUCUACCAUUUGGAAGAUGGGCUCAGUAGACAGGGAUACAGAUGCACCGGCACAGCCAUUCAGGGGACCCUCAAGGCCAACAUCUAUAGAAGAAGAGGCUGAGAAACAGGAUGAGGAGAAGAGGGAAGAUGUCCAGGAACAGUUGUCACCUGAUUGUGACCAUAAAGAAGCAGACAUCUGGACAGUGGGCUUGCCUGACCAGGUGGUGCAUGUGAAGCGGUUCCCACCUGAUGUACAGCUGAUGUAUGCCCUGCUGCAUGAGCUAGGAAAACAUGAGGAGCCCUGCAUUGUGCAGUACAUCCUGUGCUGCCUGCACCGCCUCUGUCUGAACAAUGACUGCCUAGCCAGGGUGGUUAACCUCAGUCUGCCAUUUUUCCAACAUCUUCAAAAUGAUCUCCUAAUGCCCAGACUGUGGGAGCUGCUUCAGUCAAGGGAUGGCCAGAUGUCCCAGGCUUGUGUAAAACUAUUGCAGUUCUGCAUAACCCUGCCAGAGGGAGCAGACAUCUUCUGGAAACUUGUGCAGUCGUGGUUCCAGUCUACAGAGUGGACUCUGCGGUUUAGAGCAGUGGAGAAAGUGGCAGUUCUGGCCAGCUUCCUGGACAUUAAGCAGUGUUCUGGUAACCUUCUGCUGAAGGCUGUCCUGAGUCACGCCUUCAUCCACCUGGUGUCUCACUUGGAGGACGUGUGCCCAGCUGUGUACGAGCGUACCAGAACCAGUCUGGAGGACAUGGACCAGAAGGUGGUCAAGUUCCUAUGCUCCUGCUUGGAGACCCAGUUUGACCUUGUGGUGAAUGACCGUCCCAUCAUCCUCCACUACUUGUACCUGCUGCACCAGCUGAUCCCCAGGGUGGGGGUUCUGUAUUGGGAGUUCUUCGUCAACAGGUUCGACAUCCUGUCCAUCGAGUCACAGACUGACAUGAGCAGUCAGGAUUUCUUCUUCCCCAUGAGUCUUUCUUGUGCUCAACACAAUAUGUUCAACAUGAGCGAUGCCUUCACUCUGAGAUUGAAGAAAGCUCACUUUGCCCGUAUGCGUCAUCACAACAUCCGGUCACUACAGAUGAGCUUUUCAGUCAACCAAUCACCUCAACCCUCUUGUAUGACCAAGAGAAGGAACAGAACACCUUCUGGUUUUGUGCAGACCUUCAGCCGGCAGGAGCUGGAGCAUGGAGCCACGGUGCGGCUAGACCUGGGGUACCUGGCAGAACAGAUGCUGUUGGACUUCCAGAGCUUCAGUAAGAGUGCCGAGGAUGGAGAAGACUACAGUGACUUGGACAAGGAGACUGUGUUCUCCAUCAUCUCUGUCAUGAUGAGGUUCAUGACAAACCUGAAGUAUGACAGUGACAAAGAUGACAUGGCCAGUGGAAAGGCUCUGAACACCUUCAUCCGCUACCUGCACCUGCUGGUAGGUUAUCACCAGCAGGAGAAGCGCUUUGUCCUGACACCUGCACAGAUGCGCUCCUCUCCCAUCUUCCGCUCCCUGCUUAUACACAUGCCAGAGUGUUUGGACAGGAAUGUCAAACUUGGGAAGCAGGUGGUCCUAUUGAUGAGUCGUGUCCUGCAGUACUACCCAGCAGUGACAACUCAGGGGCCUGGAAAUCCACCUCGUCCAACCUACAGCCUCUGGAACCUGGAUACUCUGGACAGGAGGAACUGGCUCAUGGCAGUCUUCAUCAUCAUCUACAAGUAUCCACUGCAGGAUGAAAUGCUGUGCAGUUUAGUGAAGCAUCUAGUCCAGAUCACCUUGAACACACUCCAGGCACAGCAUCACCGCUGUCGGCCUGGGGACCUCAAGGCCUCAGCUACUCACUCCUGUUCUGAACAGCACAACCUGGAGAGAGACCUGGCCUACAUGGCUAUCACAGAGGAAGAAGACAUUGAUGACAUUGCAUCACCUGAUGACAUCCUCCUCGACUCGGACACAAAGUCAAGUCUGUUCCAUGCAGCUUCAGUCACCAGUGACCUCUACAAGGUGACCUUGGAAGAUCUGCAGGCAGCUGAUGAGGACCCUGAGACAGGAGCCACCGGGGUGGACAGAAACCAUCCACUUCUUCGACGUACCCAAGCUGUACAGAUAGAAGAUGAUUCCAAAUGUGCAUUAGAUGAUGAGAGGGACAAGCUAACAUCAAAAAGUCCAAUGACCAGACGUAAGCUGCUCUGGCGCGCCAAGCGGCAAAAGUCAUUUGAAGGGUCUCUGCUAGAGACUCACCCAGCAGAAUCCAGUCUGGCUCCCCAUGCAACCAGGGUGAAGAAGAAGGCAACCUGGUCCAGCUCUCGAAGUACAAAAAGCACUAAAAGUACCCGCUCAAAUACAACAAGCAAGACCAGCAGCAGUAGUAUCAGUACCAAGGGUAGUAUAGGGAGCAGGGGCAGCAAGCAGAGUGUUGCCAGUAAAGUAUCCCACAAGUCCAGCAGCCAGUCCACCGGCAGCCGCUUCAGCACCGUCACACAGCCCAGCAUUCAUGAGGAGGACAUCAUGGUCACAAGAUGUGCAGACUGUGGAGUUGAGUUGGAGAGCUAUGACAAUGAGACUAUUGGGCUGGGCAUUGUGGUGCUGUCCACCUUCCUCCACAACCAUGCCACCCUGGCUGUUCCGUACCUGAAGGAAAUACUACAGACUGCUGUCACCAUAGCAGCCAACUCUCCUGUUCCCUGGCUGGCCAGCAGUACUGUGUCCGUACCCGGGAGCUGUACGAGUGUUGCCCUACAGUUUGUGCGCUGUGCCCUCCAUCA